AAACAGCUGGCUCCUUUUAACCAGAGCAAUGUGUGGAGGGUGGAGGCACAGAAGUCACUGGCUGCUCUCUUGCAUAGACUUCCAGCCUGGGUGUUGCUACUUUUUCUUCUCUGGGUCUGGAUCCUGAUCAUUCUGAUGAAGAGCCUCAACACAGCAGUCAGGACCACUGUCAUUUAUCCUGGGGCUGACUGUAGUCUGCAGCUUGGUUUUUAGGGGGACAAAUGGAGGACCACAACCACACAGGCCCCCCAGUAGGGGAAAGGUCAGAAGAAACAGGUGAUGGCCCUCAUGACUUUCAGGGGACUGUACUCGGCAAUGAUCAUGAAUCACUCUUGGCUACUUCUAAGCAAAACCCCAGAGCCCAACCAUCAACAAAAGAGAGGGUUUUGAGGUACCUUACUAGGCUUCUUGGAACAGAGAGAAGAUAUAGAUGCUCAGUGUGUGACGAAACUUUCAGGAGGUGCCCACAGCUUAAGAGACAUCUAAGAACCCACACAGGAGAGACACUCUAUAGGUGUUCUGUGUGUGGAAAGGCCUUCAGACGGCAUCUAAAGCUUACUAUACACAAAAGAACCCAUAAAGGAGUGAAACCAUAUAAAUGCUUGGAGUGUGGAAAGAGAUUUCCUUAUAUCGAAAACCUUAUUGCCCAUUCAGAAACCCACACAGGGGAGAAGCCAUAUUCAUGCUUGCAGUGUGGAAAAAGCUUUGCUGAGAAAGAUCAUCUAACUGAACAUCAAAGAACCCACAAAGACGAGAAACCUUAUUCAUGCUCACAUUGUGGAAAAAGCUUUGCUCAGCAAUUUGUUCUUAUUAGACAUGAAAAAACUCACACAGGAGAAAAGCCCUACACGUGCUCACAAUGUGGGAAAAGCUUUGCUGAGAAGCAUCACCUUAUUGGACAUGAAAGAACCCACACAGGAGAAAAGCCCUACACAUGCUCACACUGUGGGAAAAGCUUUGCUCUGAAACAUUUUCUUACAGUACCUCAAAGAACCCACACAGGAGAAAAGCGUUACACAUGCUCACAGUGUGGAAAAAGCUUUGCUCAGAAAACUAAUCUUACUAGACAUGAAAUAAGUCACACAGGAGAAAAGCCCUACACAUGCUCACACUGUGGGAAAAGCUUUGCUCUGAAACAUUUUCUUACAGUACAUCAAAGAAUCCACACAGGAGAAAAACCUUACACAUGCUCACAGUGUGGAAAAAGCUUUGCUCAGAAAAUUGAUCUUACUAGACAUGAAAGAACUCACACAGGAUAAAGGCCCUACACAUGCUCAAACUGUGGGAAAAGCUUUGCUCAGAAAUAACAUCUUACUGGACAUCAAAUGACCCAUGAAAUGAAGAAACCUUAGAAAUGCUUGGAAGAUGGAGAGAGUUUCUGUCCUUAAUCAAUCCACCAUGAACAUAAAAUAAACCAUAGAAGAGAGAUGUUUUUACAAACACUUUUAUUCUGGCAGGAGCCUUGAUGAUGAGGGCUCCUUAAUGAAGAGAAUACAAUACAUACCGAAGAGGAAACUUAACUAUUUGGAGUGUGGAAAGAGCUUCAGUCACAACACAUACUGCUUUUCGCUUCAAGAAAUCCACACAGGCAAAAUUACAAUCUGCUUGUCCCAAUCUAAUUAUGCCCUUUGAGUGUUCUUCAUUUUUGAGCCGUUUGAUCCAGCAUUUUUAAGCGGCUUCUCAAUGAGGAGCUCCCUGGUGGUUUUAAUCGUGUCUUUUAUUGUGCUGGGCUCAGUUUUUUUAAGUGCUUUGAUUAAGAAGGUGUAGAAAUGUGAUCUGAAGCUUUUCCUAUUGAUGGAGUAAUUGCAGUAAUCAUCUUCUGAGGCAUCCGAGCAUUCAGAUGCAGUGAAACAGAAAUGUUAGCUGCUUUUUAGAGGUUUUUUUAAAAAAUAGCAGUAUUGUCAUGCAUUUUCUGUGCUUACUAAUAAAGUUGGAUUAUUUUUCUCA